AAAAAAAAAAAAAAAAGCUCUCAACUUUCGGCACUUGCUUUUGUCUUUCUCUUGUCCUCAAACCCCCUCCCCCACUGCAGCUCGUUCUCUCUUUGUUGAUCUCUUGCUGUUCUUGAGAUUUGGGAGCUUUUACGCUGUAGUCCUCGAAUCAAAAUUUGUACAUAUUUCGGGGAGUUCGUCACGGUAGCCCAGAUGGGUUCUUGCCGAUUACCGUCGGUGCUGCAAUCUGCAGUUUGCGAAUGGUUGCUGAUGUCCCUGUUGUUUCUCCACGCCUCGUUCUCGUUCCUGGUCACGAGGUUCGCUCGCCUCUGUAAGCUGCAAGCUCCUUGCUUGCUGUGCUCAAGGCUGGAUCAUGUGUUUGGCAACGAGAAGCCGAGGUUCUACGUGGACUUGAUUUGUGCUUUCCAUAAAUCGGAGAUCUCGUCUUUCGCUUAUUGUCACGUUCAUCGAAAGCUUGCGAACGUCAAUGAAAUGUGCGAGGGGUGCCUGGUUUCAUUUGCCACUGAGAAGAAGUCGAAUAGCGAAACGUAUAGGUUGCUGGUGGGUAAGGUAGGUAUUGAGGAGGUUGAUGAGAAUGUUGAUGGAGAAGAUGUUGAAGUCUCUUUACUGACAGAGGAUCAUACGUCGGGUUCUUCAGUCACGAAUCGCUGCUCUUGUUGCUCUGUGCCGUUUAGACACAAGUCUGUUAGAGUCAAUGGGAGGUUGAGCAGAAAGAGGGAAAACUCUCUGGUAUCGCCUUCAACUCGUCAUUUAGAAAAUCACAGAGUUGAUGGCUUGUCUCAUGUUGGUUAUAGCGAAGUUAAAGCUAAUUCUGAUUCUGAGUCGGAAAAUCCAUUAUCAGAAGAUGCUGAAGACCUUAAGGAAGGUAUCGAAGAUCGAUGCUUGAACCCACAGCCUGCUGCCGAUAUUUCGAAUAAUUUGUCAAUGUCUCUCUCAGAUGAUACAAUCACGGAGAAGUUGAUUCAGCCAACUUAUAGUGAGCCUGAGUCUUCAUCGUAUAUCCCCGAAGAUCAACUACUUAAUGUUGGCGAGUCUCGUGAUGCAUCUUUGGCAUCGACUGUUGCUAAUGGACACAAUUUGGAGGAAAUCAAACCCGUAACCCAGAAAGAUCCUUCAUACUUUUCAGAUGUAAAAUCUGAUACAGUCAUGGAGAAGUUGAUUCAGGUAACUUGUAGUGAGCCUGAGUCAUCGUUAUAUAUCCCUGAAGAUCAACUACUUAAUGUUGGUGAGGCUCGUGAUGCAUCUUCGGCAUCGGCUGUCGGUAGUGGACACGAUUUGGAGGAAAUCAAACCCAUAUCCCAGAGAGAUCCUUCAGAAUUUUUAGAUGCAAAAUUAAACGUCGGUGAGAGCCCUAAGCCUUUGAGCCUUACUGAUACUAGUCCUGCUCAAAUUGAUCUAAAUGAUGCUUACAAGCUUGCUAUUGGUAGUAAGGGAAGGUUGACAUCUCCUACAGUCAACGAAGUAAUCACAGGCAGGGAUUCUUCUAAAAUUCACGAAGAUCUAAGAUUGCUAAUAUCACAAUUAUCUGCUGCUAGAGGUCUAGAAAGCCCCUGGCAUGAGUUGAGUCCUAGUCCUAGAGUUCACGGGCAAGGAGAUGAUUUGAAGUUUGUCGAUGCUUCAAGCUCUGCUAUAUUGCAGAACAUUACAAAAACUCUUUCUAUUGAGAGAAAUGAGUCUGGUUUUGAAUCAUUUGAUGGGAGUAUAGUUAGUGAAAUCGAAGGAGAAAGUCCAGUGGAUCGGUUGAAGAGACAAGUUGAGUUAGAUAGGAAAUCAAUGUACCUUCUGUAUAAAGAAUUGGAAGAGGAAAGAAAUGCUUCAGCAAUUGCAGCAAAUCAAUCAAUGGCAAUGAUUACGAGGUUGCAGGAGGAAAAGGCUUCAAUGCAAAUGGAGGCUUUGCAGUACCAGAGAAUGAUGGAAGAGCAAUCAGAAUAUGACCAGGAGGCGAUCCAGAAAUUGAAUGAGCUACUUGUUAGAAGAGAAAACGAGAUGAGAGAAAUUGAAGCUGAAGUUGAAAGCUACAGAAAGUGGUUUGGUGAUAAAUUAGUGGCUGACACAGAUAUUUCGAGCAAUCCUUUGUUUGAUUUUGAAGAUGAGAAGGCCUAUAUUUCAGAUUGCUUGAAGAAAUUGGAGAGAAAACUUUAUAUGCUUUCCACUAAUAGAAUGCAUGUUGAUAUUUCUAUAACAAACCAUACGGAAACUUCAAUUGAUUCAGAUUCUAAUAAUGGAAAUCAUCAUUUGAUGGAUGGUAACCCAAGUGACUUAGUAGCUAUAUUGAAUGAAGUUUUGCGACUAAAUGAGAGAUUGAAGGUGCUAGAAGCAGAUCGUAAUUUUCUUGAGCACACUGUGAACUCGCUUCGAAAUGGGAAUGAUGGGGUACGAUUCAUUCAGGAGAUUGUUCUUCAGCUACAAGAGUUACGGAGAAUCGGGAUCACCCUAGGAGAAUGCAGUUCAUCAUGAGCUGAUCCACCCUUAAAUAUCAAGAUGGAAUGUGCUUGUAUUUAUUGCUUAUGUGCAUAUCUUGAAGGAAAUGAGAAUUGUAAUCUUCUUUAUGUUUAAGUAUCUUCAACAUUCUUUCGUGAUCGAUAUCGAUGAGCACUCUGCAUCUGGAUCUUGUUGCACAAGAUAGGAAAGGGUCCAAACUGCAAAAGCAAUAAGGGCCACCAAGUAUUGUACAGACAGCAACAUGACU